AUGCCAAUGGCACCUGAUCAUUUCGUGCUGGGGGGUCUGCUUGAUGCCUGCAGAAUCCAUGGGAACCUGGAGGCCGCAGAAAGAGCAGGAAAGCAACUUCUGGAGCUUGAUCCGGAUAAUGAAGGGAUCUAUAUACUUUUGUCGAACAUAUACAAGUCGAUGAAGAAGUGGGAUGAUGCUAAGAGGAUCAGGAAACUGAUGGUGAAAAGAGGGAUGAAGAAGGCCUCAUGA